CAGACUCCUCCCAGUCACGGGAUGGUGUAUCACGUGGUGUGCAGGAAUCAUGGCUGGUGACUCCCGCGGUCCGGUGCUUGGCAUUGAUGUGGGCACUAGCUCUGUGAAGGCGGUGCUGCUGGAGGCCCGGAGCGGGGGGGUGCUCUGUAGUCACAGCACGGACACCAGGGCCGGCCUGGAGAGUGAAUGUGGGGCUCAGGGAAAAGAGCAAGAUGUCUUCCAGAUAAUAAGAGCCCUGAAUGAUUGCUUGGGUGCCCUACCCAGGGAACAGCUACAGAAGGUGUCCCGGAUAGGAGUGUCUGGACAGAUGCAUGGGGUCGUCUUCUGGAAGUCAAGCCAAGGAUGUCAUUGGAUAAACAGUGAAAACCGGCGAUUCUUUGAACCCAGAGAAGUGAGCCAUCUCAUCACCUGGGAGGAUGGACGAUGUAGUAAAGAAUUCCUGUCCUCUUUACCUCCGCCACAGUCCCAUCUCAGCGUGGCAUCGGGCUUCGGUUGUGCUACAAUAUUCUGGUACUUAAAGAACAGACCAGACUUUCUCUGUGAAUACGACGCAGCAGGGACAAUCCAGGACUAUGUUGUUUCUAUGCUGUGCGGGAUGAAGACACCCGUGAUGUCUGUUCAGAAUGCAGCUAGUUGGGGAUACUUUAACACCAGGACCAAAACUUGGAAUGUUGACAUAUUAAAAGAACGGGGCUUUCCAAUUUCUCUUCUACCUCCUGUUGUAGAUGCCGGGUGCUUAGCAGGGAAAUCUUUGUAUGACUGGUGUGGAAUUCCACAAGGGACAGAGGUUGGAGUGUCACUGGGAGACUUCCAGUGCUCGGUCUUUUCUUCUGCAACUGAGAGCACAGAUGCAGUCUUCAAUAUCAGCACUUCUGCCCAGCUGACGUUCUGUAUGCCGGAGGGAUUCCAGCCUGAAGACCACCCGAAACCCGCAGAAGCCGUGACUUAUUUUCCAUACAUGAACAAUCGGUACCUAGCAGUAGCUGCUUCCCUAAAUGGUGGAAAUGUGUUUGCCUCCUUUGUCAGAAUGCUGGCCCAGUGGACUGCUGAGCUAGGUCUGGAAACAUCAGAUUCCACCAUAUAUUCUAAGCUGAUAAGUGCUGCUCUAUCUGAACAUGAGACCCAACUUCAGAUCUGUCCCACUUUAUUUGGUGAGAGGCAUGCUCCAGACAGAGUGGCUUCUGUGUCAAACAUCUCACCUGCCAGCCUGUCACUAGGUCAUGUCACUAGAGCACUGUGCCACGGGCUUAUUGAAAACAUUCAUUCUAUGCUGCCAUCCCAGAGGCUAAAGGAAGCUGGAAUUAAGCGCAUCAUUGGAAGUGGUAGUGCCUUGGCACGAAAUGCAGUGUUACAGCAAGAGUUGGAAAGAGCAUUUUAUUUUCCUGUAGUAUACGGAAAGGAUGUGGAUUCUGCUGUAGGUGCAGCUAUGAUCAUGAGAUAAUGGAGAAAUAUAACUGAAUUUCAUUACUCUCAUGGUUUUAAAUGAUAUUGAUCUUUAUUAAUUAAAGGAUAAGUUCACCUUUGGGAACAUGUUCCAUCCAUUUUUAGUGUUAAACAUGUAACAUGCUUCCACUCCUGCAGCUUCCCCCCAAUCCCCUGCAUCUAGUUACAGAAAGCCGUGUCAUUAAUUUCUUCACAGAGUUCUGUGAAUGAGAAACUACAAGUACCUACAGUCUUUGCGGCUGUCGGCUUGUAUUUUUCAGUGAACUAUCACUGUUGAGCACUCUAGGUAGUUAAAUUUCUCUUCCUGUCAGAGUGAAACUGCCUGCUCGUACAAGGUACGAACAGACAGAUACAUUGACGAGUCUGCUGGAGUCCUGCAUGGCCCCCGCAAUAUCGGGUGCAAUGCUUUCCAGGCUCCUAGUGUGAAAAAAAAAAAAAACCUGCGCCAUUUUUAAAAUGCAGUGGCAGAGAAAUCACAUAGUGGAAACAUUUCUCUGUGGUUCCAGCACCCACGAACGCGCUGCGUUUUUAGAUAUGUGGAGGUGCCAUUAAGAAUGAAUCUGGUUUUAAACAAAUUUCCUGAAUAACUUGGUAAUUUUUAGACUCUGUUACUGCCACCAUGAUCAUUUUGUAUUACUGAUGCAAGUGGAAAAUACAGCAUUGAUGUGUCUUAAAAUAAAAGAUUGAAAUAAAAAGAAAAUGUAAACAAUAAAAGAACUUUCCUUUU